AUCCAACUCAAAGAACCUCACUAAACUCAAAUCUUCCUCUCAGUUUCUUCCAUUCUUCUUCCUCAACCUUCCGAUUUAUCGGAUUAUUCUAAAAUACCCAAAAUGGAAUCCCAUGGAAAAACCCAUCAGAAAGAGCAGGAUGGUGAUCUCUCUCCGAAACCCAUAACGUUGUCUAAGUAUUCGAACCGGGUCGAGUUAAAGACUCUGCUUGAUCGGAGCGACCGUGGCGCAGCAUUGGCCGGGAAAAGGGUUGUGAUUGGUGGUUGGGUUAAGUCUGCUAGAGCGGUUAAGAAAGAUUCUCCUCCUCCUCCUCCGCCUGUAGUUGCCGUCCCUUCGCCGUCUAGUGGUGGGGAUCAAGCUCAUACCACGGCGAACAUUAGGUGCACGGAGAUAAUUCAAUCGAAAAUGAAUAUUUUCAGGAGAUUUUUCGAUGUGUUGAGCGGCGGUGGGAAGACUUAUCCAAUCUUUGAUAAGACGGAACUCGCUGGUCAGAAGGCCGUGCCACCACCGGAGUAUGUUUUUUACUUCUUGAUCAGUGAUGGCUCCUCCAUCUCCAGUCUCCAGGUUGUUGUUGAUUCUGCGUUGUCAACUGUUCCAGCAACUCAACUUAUGGCUCUAGGGACCUGUAUUGUAGCUGAAGGUGUGUUAAGACUACCAUUGGCUGCUUCUGCAAAACAUGUAAUUGAGCUUGAGGCGGAGAAGCUUCUUCAUGUUGGAACAGUGGAUCCAGAGAAGUAUCCACUCUCGAAGAAACAGCUUCCUCUGCAUAUGCUUAGAGACUUCUCUCAUUUCAGACCCCGCACAACUACGGUUGGGUCGGUGACUCGAGUCCACAGUGCGCUAACCUUAGCAAGCCACACAUUCCUUCAGUACCAUGGGUUUCAGUAUGUUCAAGUACCAGUCAUCACAACCACUGGUUUUGGCGAAAUGUUUAGGGUCACUACUCUUUUAGGUAAAACUGAUGAUAAAGAGGAGAAAAAGCCUGUCAAAGAAAAAGAUGGAUUUAGCAUUGACACCGUAAAGGCUGCAAUAAAGGAAAAGACUAGGCUUAUUGAUCACCUCAAGAGGUCUGACAGCAACCGGGAAGCUGUGGUUGCUGCUGUACACGACUUGAAGAAAACGGGCGAUCUUGCAUCUCAGCUUGAGAUGAAACAAAAAUCCAAAACAGGAACUUUGGUCAAAUCUGAGAAGCUUGAUUUCUCAAAAGAUUUCUUUGGUUGCGACGCUUAUCUGACUGCUUCUGGGAGGUUUCAUCUUGAGAGCUAUGCCUCUGCACUUGGAAAAGUUUAUACCUUCGGACCAAGAUUCAUAGCUGAUAAAAUUGACAAUGCAAGGCAUUUGGCAGAGAUGUGGAAUGUGGAAACCGAGAUGGCUUUCUCGGAAUUGGAUGAUGCUAUGGAUUGUGCUGAUGAAUACUUCAAGUUCCUCUGCAAAUAUGUUCUGGAAAAUCGUCAGGAAGACAUGAAAUUCAUAUCCAAAAGAGUUGACAAGACCAUCACCACACGUCUCGAGGCAACUGCAUCCAGCUCUCUUUUGAGAUUCUCUUAUACCGAAGCAAUCAGUCUUCUGCAAAAGGCAACCACUACAAAAUUUGAAACCAAGCCUGAGUGGGGAGUAGCUUUAACAACAGAGCAUCUAAGUUAUCUAACUGAUGAGAUUUACAAGGGUCCUGUAAUCAUACAUAGCUACCCGAAAGCAGUUAAACAGUUUUACGUACGGUUGAAUGAUGAUAAGAAGACUGUAGCAGCAUUUGAUCUGGUCGUACCAAAGGUUGGUGUUGUGAUCACCGGGAGCCAAAAUGAAGAACGGUUUGAGAUUUUGAAUGCCAGGAUCGCGGAAUUUGGAUUAUCGAGGGAGAAGUUUGAGUGGUACCUAGAUUUAAGGAGGCAUGGGACAGUGAAACAUUCAGGAAUAAGCCUAAGUAUGGAACAAAUGCUUCUGUUUGCAACCGGACUUCCUGAUAUCAAAGACGCCAUUCCUUUCCCAAGAAGUUGGGGCAAGGCAAACAAUUAAAGGCUUAAAGCAGCCUCAAGCUUUUUAUGUACAAACUCUCAGUUACAUUGUUAUGUAUAUCCUAUGUAACCAUACUUGGGUGAAAUAAAAAGGAAUCGUAUACCACAUUGUUCAUAAUGAUUCUGGGGAAAAUUGUAAAUAAGCUAUAAGAUAUCAAAACCUAUGAGAACUGGCAUGUAGACUUAAGAUUUGAUGUUCUAUAGUUGAUUCAAAAAUAAUUAUCCAACCACACAAUUUCUGUGUAAUUCUCUCACUAGUCAAUUUUGUGUUGUCAGAUGUAUAAAACUGGCUGAUAGCAGUUUGACUCUUUCGGUUUCUGUAAGCUUUUGAAAUAUAGUUUGAAUUUUGCA